GUGCUGCUGCUUCUGUGCCACGUGCCGGGGCAGGUCGGUGUCCGGCCAGUGUCCUUGCUGCGUGUGCCUGUGCACAGCCCGGCACCCUCCCACCAGGGGCCCGGAGUGGGGCAGCCUCUACGGGAGCCCAAGCACCUCAUUUUGCGAAUGUCCUGCUUGGCCCUUGCACCCCACGGUGCGGGAGGAGGGUGCUGGAAGCGUGUGCCGUCCCAUGGCUGCGGGGCUGAGUGCCAGAAAGCAAAAUGAUGCCUGUUGCUUUAAGUACCCUCACCGGCCAUGGGGAUUUUUUUUUUUUUUUUUCUCUUGCACUAUGAAUGGGUUUUGCUGUAAAUUAUAGCUUUGCGCACAUUCCCUCGGGCUGAGGAAAAUAACCUCCGCCGAAAAGCCAGCCUGGAUUGGUGACUGGCUCCCCCUCUCCGCUCCCUAAUUGAAACCAAAUGUGCGAGAUGUAGGAUUGUGGGAUUUCUGGCUGGCUCCCAGGAAUCUGCAGAAUGCGAAUGCGCUCCCAGAGGCAUCUUGCAUCAGCCCGGAAAAGUUCGCUCCUCGCCUGGCUCCCCCAGCCCGGGCGAGGGGCGAGGAGCCCACCCGCCAUCACCUCCUCGCUCCGGACAGCCGACAUGCUGGCCACCCCUAGACCAGCCCUGCUGCUGCUGCUGCUGCAUGUCCCAUGGGCUGCAAGAGCACAGGUUAACCCGGCGGUGUGCCGGUACCCCUUGGGAAUGUCAGGUGGGCACAUCCCCGACGAGGACAUCUCAGCCUCUAGCCAGUGGUCCGAGUCCACAGCUGCCAAGUAUGGACGGCUGGACUCAGAGGAUGGUGAUGGUGCCUGGUGCCCUGAAAUCCCAGUGGAGCCUGAUGACCUGAAGGAGUUCCUGCAGAUCGACCUGCACGCCCUGCAUUUCAUCACACUGGUGGGCACCCAGGGCCGCCACGCUGGGGGCCAUGGCAACGAAUUUGCCCCCAUGUAUAAGAUCAACUACAGCCGGGACGGCACCCGCUGGAUCUCCUGGAGGAACCGGCAUGGGAAGCAUGUGCUAGAUGGAAACACGAAUCCCUAUGACAUUGUCCUCAAGGACCUGGAGCCACCCCUUAUCGCACGUUUUGUCCGCUUCAUCCCCGUCACUGACCAUUCCAUGAACGUCUGCCUGCGUGUGGAGCUGUAUGGCUGCCUUUGGCUGGAUGGGCUGGUGUCCUACAAUGCACCAGCUGGGCAGCAGCUCGUCCUUCCCGGUGGCACCGUCAUCUACCUGAAUGACUCGGUGUACGAUGGGGCAUUUGGGUACAGCAUGACGGAGGGCCUGGGCCAGCUGACGGAUGGGGUGUCAGGGCUGGACGACUUCACGCAGACCCACGAGUACCAUGUCUGGCCGGGCUACGACUACGUGGGCUGGCGCAACGAGAGCACCACAGGCGGCUACGUGGAGAUCACCUUUGAGUUCGACCGCAUCAGGAACUUCACCGCUAUGAAGGUCCACUGCAACAACAUGUUCGCCAAAGGGGUGAAGAUCUUCAAGGAGGUGCAGUGCUACUUCCGUGCUGACACCAGCGAGUGGGAGCCCAGCACCGUCUCCUCUGUGCUGGUGCUGGAUGACGUGAACCCCAGUGCCCGCUUCGUCACCGUUCCCCUGCUCCACCGCAUGGCCAGUGCCAUCAAGUGUCAGUAUUACUUUGCUGAUGCCUGGAUGAUGUUCAGUGAGAUCACCUUCCAGUCAGAUGCAGCAAUGUACAACAACUCAGUGGCCCCUCCAGAGGUGCCUGUGGUCCCCACCACAGACCCCACGCUCAAGAUGGAUGACAGCAACACCCGCAUCUUAAUUGGGUGCCUGGUGGCAAUCAUCUUCAUCCUCGUGGCCAUCAUCGUCAUCAUACUGUGGCGGCAGUUCUGGCAGAAGAUGCUGGAGAAGGCAUCACGGAGGAUGCUAGAUGAUGAAAUGACUGUCAGCCUCUCCCUGCCCAGUGAAUCUAGCAUGUUCAACCACAACCGCUCCACCUCCUCCAGCGAGCAGGAGUCCAGCUCCACCUACGACCGCAUAUUCCCCCUGGGCCCUGACUACCAAGAGCCCUCCCGCCUGAUCCGCAAGCUGCCCGAGUUCACCCCGGGAGAGGAGGAGACAGCUUGCAGUGGCCCUGUGAAGCCAUCCCAGGCCAGCGUCCCCGAAGGUGUCCCCCACUACGCUGAGGCUGACAUCGUGAACCUGCAGGGAGUGACGGGUGGCAACACCUACUCGGUGCCAGCCCUCACCAUGGACCUGCUCUCCGGCAAGGACGUGGCCGUUGAGGAGUUCCCCAGGAAGCUGCUGACCUUCAAGGAGAAGCUGGGGGAAGGCCAGUUUGGGGAGGUUCACCUCUGCGAAGUGGAGGGGAUGGAGAAGUUCACGGGCAAGGACUUUGCCCUGGAGGGCUUGGACACCAGCUCCAACCGUCCUGUGCUGGUGGCUGUGAAGAUGCUGCGAGCAGAUGCCAACAAGAACGCCAGGAAUGAUUUUCUGAAGGAAAUCAAGAUCAUGUCGCGGCUGAAGGACCCCAACAUCAUCCGGCUGCUGGCGGUGUGCAUCACAGAUGACCCACUGUGCAUGAUCACUGAGUACAUGGAGAAUGGAGACCUCAACCAGUUCCUGUCCCGCCAGCAGGCAGACAGCCCCCCCGCCGGCCAUGCACCCACCAUCAGCUACAGUGACCUGCGGUUCAUGGCCACCCAGAUCGCCUCUGGCAUGAAGUACCUCUCCUCCUUGAAUUUUGUGCACCGAGACCUGGCCACACGCAACUGCCUGGUGGGGAAGCAGUACACCAUCAAGAUAGCUGACUUUGGCAUGAGCAGGAACCUCUACAGUGGGGACUACUACCGCAUCCAGGGGCGGGCGGUGCUCCCCAUCCGCUGGAUGUCCUGGGAGAGCAUCCUGCUGGGCAAGUUCACAACAGCCAGUGACGUGUGGGCAUUUGGUGUGACAUUGUGGGAGACCUUCACCCUCUGCCGGGAGCAGCCCUACUCCCAGCUGUCUGACGAGCAGGUCAUUGAAAAUACCGGCGAGUUUUUCCGGGACCAAGGCCGACAGACCUACCUUCCCCAGCCUGCACUUUGCCCUGACUCAGUCUAUAAGCUAAUGCUCAGCUGCUGGAGACGGGACACUAAAGAUCGUCCCUCCUUCCAGGACAUCCACCGCCUUCUCCAGGAGUCAGCCAGUGAAGAAUGACCCUCUGCUUCUCCCCAGCCCAGUCCCUGUCCCACCCCAUCCUCAGAGGAUCCCCAUACACAAACUGAAGCCACUUCACUUGGACUUAGCAAUAAAACCCAGGCAGCUGGUCUUGUUCUAAUUGUACAGUGAAGCCUCAGAGAAAAACCCCCGAGGGCAGCAAGGAGAGCUACAGCUUGGGAUGACUUGGAGCUGCCGCUCACUUGCUGACCCAUGCCUGGGAGCGGCAUGGGCUGAGACGACGGUUAUUUAUUGAUGCAGCGUGUUCUCGGUGAUAAUGACUGGGACAGAGCAGCUUCUCUCCCCCUGUUGGAGGGGAAGAACAUCAGCCGGACUUUGUUGGUGAGGAAGCUCUGGCUUAUGCACAGGGCAGGUGCCCGAGGAAGUGGUACGUGUGGGUACCUGCCUGCUGGAGCAGGGACUGUCCAGUGGCCACAGCCUGCUCGAGGAGGGGCCAGGAGUUGCCACUAGCUCACAGUGGGCUGUGCAAUUACAGGGUGGAAACCAAAACUCUCUGGACCUUUUGGGCUUUGGACAUGCUGCAUGGAGGGACAGGAAGCCUCAUCCCUGCCUGCUAGAACCCAGUUGCACAGGGAGAAGUCCAACUGUGCCCCUGGCUCCUCGCCUGGCUGCUGGAGCAGUUGAUGUGUUCAGCUGUUGCUUCUCUGUGUCAGCCGGGGAGGAGUGGGCAUGAGAGGAGCACCAAGGAGACUUCCUCUCACCCAUCACAGCCACUCCAGAGCUGCUCAGCUGCCCACAAAAUGCAUUUUGGAUGCCUCGCGGGUGCUGCAUGGUAGUGGGAUGUUAGCACCUUUCUCCUGCAAGGGAAAUCUCCAAGACCUCCUAUCCCAGGAUUGACCUGCAUCUUUACCUGCCAUCAGAGGAAGACAGGUAGCUGGGCUUUCGAUGCUGCUGCCUGAUGCCCAAACCUGCAGUAGCCCAUGGGCAGGGAGCAAAAGCAGCCCCGUUCUCCCUGGCUGUCAGCCCAGUGGUCGCAGCUCAGCUGGAGCACCUGGACUGGACUCUCCUGCUCUGAGCAUCCCACAGAAGUCUGGCACCAGUCUGCCCUCCCGGAUCCAGCCGCUUCAUGAGCAAACUGGGCAGGUGCCAAAGCUGCGUGCCCCCCAGGAGCCCUGGCAGGUUAUCUGUAGUGCCCCACAACGGGACCUUCCUGCAGCUGGACACGAGGAACUUUUUACUUAGAGGGUACAUGGACCCCUCCAUACUUUUGUAUGCAUUAGUUCAGCGCCAUCAAGUCACGCGUGGCACAGUUUCCAGUAUACUAUUGCUAAGGUGUGUAUAUAUUCAGUAGAUGCACCUAUGUAUAGGGGCAAACCCGCUGAAAAGACACUUGCUACAUGAA